GUACAAAGUAAUUAAGUCUAAGACAUAAUUUUGCAAAGUAAUGUCAGAAAAUAAAGCAUAAUAAUGAUAGAAUGAGGUGAAGUUAACAUCAUCAUCAUCUUUAUAUGAUGAUCAAAUAACACUCAAGUUAAACUCAUCAUUUUCACCUAGAUGGCGGAUGACAUUUGAGAAUGUUAUGCGACUACUACACUUAUUAUUGUUUAUGUGUAAAAGUUUAUACUAAAAAAUGUCAGGUUUAGAAAAACAUUAAUUUUGAUAUGCUUGUUUGGAAAAGAACAUCAUAAAUCUAAUAUGUAGUAGUAUUUAGGUUUUUGCUAGCUUUAGUCAUCCUGCAAUUAAAUUUAGUAUUUAACAAUUGUAUAUUUGUAUUGUAACAAUACAAAAACACGGGGUCACAGGGAUGAUGUUUUCUUUUUUGCUUUUAAACUAUUGUUGAUUUUCUAUUCAUUUGAUGUAUUCAUUCAAGUGAUCAAAUGAUGUUUCUAUUUUUUAUAAAAUACGGGAAAAAUACGUUUUAUACGAGAAGUGAAAGUUUUUUUCCUUUUUAAACGGACCGACAUUAUUUUUCGUUUUAAACGCGUUUUUUUGUUCAAAAAAACGGUACAUAUUUAAAACGCAAAAAAUCUAACUAGGGUGCAAUUCACUCUUCCAUUAAGGGCUGGUUUGCAACAGCUUUAAAAAAAGCAUUUCUCAGCUUUUGAUUUUAAAAAGCACUUAUUUACCAAACACUACCAAUUUUUUACUUUUCUCGGCUUUCGUGUCAAAAGUGUUUUUCCCCUUUUUAUGCACCAAAAGCACUUAUAUUACUAAACACUACCAACUUUUAGUUUUCAAAAUAAUUUUUUUUUCAAGCACUCCCUAAAGAUGCUCUAAAUGGCCAAGGCAUUUCAACCCAUUUGAUUGGAGGGGCUUGCUAUUUUCUUACACCCCUUAAUUUGACUGAACGGCGGUUCCCAUUAGUAUGGGUGGACAGGAAUAGCACUCACACGGUCAAACAUGCAUAUCCAUAUAUAUUGCGUGUACGUAUUAUAUUCAAGUAAUUUUAACUGGAUUUUUUUUCAAGUAAUUUAAACUGGAUCUGCCCUUGCGAAAUGACACCUUUUUCUCAUACGGGAUCGGAUCAGGAUGUAGAUUCAUUGGACGCGCUCGAUCUUGCGGAAUCUGUUUAUGCCGAGGCUCAAUCGUUUCUGGAGUCACUACGUACCCCAGAGACUUUCCAGCUGCUGCGGCGCGAAAUCUAAUGCCCUAAAAUGCGAAAUGGAUUUCCUUAAAGGACCUUUGCAUUCUGCAAAAGAAAUCCUUGACAUACUGAAUUCAUACCCUUUGGAUGUUUUGGCUGAUCCGAGUAAUGAAACUGCCAUAAUGGAGUCUCUGUCUUCUCUAUCCGCCCACCUUUAUUUGUUCAGCGAUGAACGGGGCAAAGAAAUUUUGAACCUGAAAGCUACUUUUCCAGAGAUGAUUCAGGAAUGGAGAGUUUCAGUUCAAGGCAAGGGAAGAAGAAACGAGCAUCCCUGGUCUAGUUUUGAAAAGACCCGAAAUUUGCUUGAAGGGUUGGUGAAAAAGGGGGAAGGUAUCACACCUUGAAUUUUGGUGUGAGGCCUUGUAUUAAUAUUUAUAGUAAAGUCUUUACAUUUACAAGGAAAGAAAUAAAUGAAUAAAUAUAGAUAUUUCUAUAUAUACAAAUGAUAUGAUACGUAGCUAUAAUUAUGUAUUAACUAGCUAUAAUAUUCUUUCCUUAACACCCCCCGUAAGCUGAGCGUGGGAUGACAUGCAACACGAAGCUUAGUACGAAUGAACUCAAAUUGAGGUCGGGAUAGCCCUUUAGUAAAGAUAUCAGCUAAUUGCAAAUCGGAGGGGACAAAUUGAAUCUUGAGCUUGCCAGAAGAUACCAGUUCACGAAUGAAGUGACAAUCAAUAUCAAUGUGCUUGGCACGUUUGUGAGCAACAGGAUUCUGUGAAAGAAAAAUUGCACUUUUGUUGUCACAAAGAAGAAGAGGAGGAUCAACCAAAGGAACACACAGAUCGCGAAGCAAAUAAGUUAGCCAAACAAUCUCAGAGGCGGUAUUAGCUAAAGCUCAGUACUCAGAUUCGCAGCUGGAGCGAGAAACUGUUGGUUGUUUCUUUGCACUCCAUGAUAGAAGAUUACCACCAUAGAACACGACAUAGC